CAGGGGGCAUUGGGAUUGAUAGGGAUGUUUCCAUCAUGGCGGCAUCCAUUUCAGGUUAUACUUUUAGUUCUGUGUGUUAUCACAGCGCCAACAGCAACUCAGAUCAUGAGGGCUUCCUUUUAGGAGAAGUAAGACAAGAAGAAACUGUCAGCAUCAGUGACACACAGAUUAGCAGUGCGGAAUUGCUCCAGGUAGUAGAAAUCCAUAAUCAUGAUCCGUGUGCACAAUUGUUUAGCUUUUAUGACUACGCAGGCAAAAUCAAUGAAGAAAGUCUCAACAGUAUUCUUAAAGAUAGGCGGAAAAACGUCAUCGGUUGGUACCGGUUCCGAAGGAACACACAGCAGCAGAUGUCGUUCAGGGAACAGAUCAUCCACAAACAGCUGACUCAGCUACUUGGUGUGCCCGACCUUGUCUUCCUUCUUUUCAGCUUCAUCUCCACCGCCAACAGUUCCACACAUGCACUGGAGUAUGUGCUCUUCAGACCUAACCGCAGUAGGUACAACCAGAGGAUCACACUCUCAAUCCCUAACCUCGGCAACACGAGCCAGCAGGAAUACAAAGUUUCCUCAGUGCCCAACACCUCACUAAACUACACCCAGGUCAUCAAAGAGCAUGGGGCUGAAUUCUUCGACAAAGACGGUGUAAUGAAGGAUAUCCGGACGAUAUUCCAAGUCUACAGUGCAUUACAAGAUAAAGUGCAGGCUGUGUGUGGGGAAGUAGAACAAAGUGAACGAGUAAAGGAGAAAAUUCAAGAGGAUGUGAACAAACUGAAACAACAAAUUGCUCUCAGGAAACGAAAGACAGCAGAGGAAGAGAGAAGACUCAGAGAGACCCAAAAUGCAGACUCCCAUUCCACUUCGGAGGACAGCACAGACCCGUCUGAGGCUUCUUUGUCUCUGUCCAGGAUAUCUUUCCACACACCGUCUGCCCCGGAGCGGCCCAAUACCUCACCUAACCCCCCAUCAUACACUGACCUCCUGUCCCAGGACGACUCUCUGCUCUCCUCUUCUUCCCCGCCCACCAGCGCUGCUCUUCUGCCCCGGCCCCAAGCCGUGGGCUCUCCAGGACACCCCACCCCGGGCCCACUGGGAAUGGGCCUGGGCCUGGGCCUCGGGCUGGGCCUGAGCCUUGGUGCCAGCUCUAAUCCUGUCCCCACUCCAAGCAGCCCGUACCUUGGCAACGGUGACGGAUCGAGCUCUGACUCCUUAGAUAGACAAGCAGCAGGGCAGGAGGAUGACGAAGACGAUGAGGAUGACGAUGAUGAAGAAGAUGAGGACAGUAGCGAAUAUGAGAACUUAUUGAGUGAAGCCCCACAUCUGCCAAUAGUCUCUGCCAGCGUUUUAGCACAAGGCCGACCGGCUGCGCUUAGUCCUGAUGGGGAUGCUCGUGGCUCACAGACCACAUAGAAACAUGCCACAGGGUGUGUACGGGACUCAAGUUAGUGACACACCUUGAGAGGUUGGCAUCUCAAGCAAUCAAAGAUGGACAAAUAAAGACAAGAAGUGCCAGUCCUGAAAGUGAAAGGCAUGCACAGGUGGUGUCCCGCUGUGAGUGUUUUCCUCGUCUUAGUCUGAUCUCCAUUUUAGGGGAAACUUUGCUAGACUUUGCAGGCUCAACAGGUAUGUCUCUCACUGGGGGAAAAGCCAUCCGUUUUUCCUUUUGGAACGGGGUCAGUCAUGGUACUCCAGUGUGGAUGUGUCUGGUUUCAGGGUUGGAAAUAGAUUUUACAUAGAAAUUUAUGCCAACUGGUUGGUAAACUGGCCCUGUAAAAGACAGAAAAGACAGGCCCCACUCCACGCUUUCUAUACCUUUUUUGUUUGUUUGUUUUUACAUUUGCAUCACGAACUCUGAGCACCCACUCUUCUAUUACCUCUUGCACAUUUGUUUUGCCUUCCUUUAAACAAUCUCAGAAAGUAAUGGGAAAAUAUUUUGCAGCCUUCAGACAUUUUUUAAAUGACAUAGGCAAAGGGUUAUUAAGUUUUUAUUUUAUUAUUUUGAGAAAAAAAAGAUAUAUUUGUAAUUAGAAUUUCUUUAACAUGCACAUUUUCCUUAUUUGAUUUUGGACUUGUUCUUUUCAUGUUCCACAGUCUUUCAUUAAUCAUACAGUUGCCUAUUUAAAUGAUAAAGAAUAGAUUUCAAACUAAAUUUACUCUACCACUUCUUUAAUGGGUGCUUUAUAUAUACAUAUAUACUAUAUAUAUUUUGUCGAUUAACAGUUAAUCUAAUUUGAUUGACAAGAUUGUCAAUGUCUUGUUCCUCUUGGAUAACACUGAAAUUGUAUGCGCUUUGCUGCACUUAACAAAAAUUAAGAUUUCUUUAUAAUUGUGCUUUACCAUUGCUGAUAUGCUGUGCCAGUUGAGUCGUCCUCUUUGACCACCCUGAGCCAAACUUGGCUUGGCUAUUUGUGUGUUUUAUGGGGUUCACAGGGCAAACACAAUGUACUGUAGCUUUACUAACCAGAUGCUUAAGGUUCCCUUUCUGCUGCUGCAACUGAGAGAGCUACCACUUAAAAAGUAACUGCAUCUGUCUGUCUGUUCUUCUUCACAUAAAAACUUGGCUGCUACUUCCACCUCACAGUGCUGGUUGUCUCUGAUACUACUGACCGUGAUCGUAUUAAUAAUCCAUGUCAAGUUCACUACUCUCUGACUCUUUCUCAAUUAAAGUCAUAGUAGAAGGCUGA